AUGGGCUGUAAGAGCACGAGGCGAGACAGUUUUUGCUCGUUCGCUGCAUCUACAACAAUUGACAUUCGGAGAGCAACUGCUCUCAAUGCCGAUCUGAAGAGACGCUUAGAAAUUGAACAAUCCGGCUACCCCCACGUUGAUGGAUGUGUACUUCGUGAACUCGAAAAACCUAUGGAUUAUGAGCUUGAAACAGCUGAAAAGUUCCAAGAAAAGAUGGCUCACGUCAGACAACUGAUGGCCGAUCUCUUGGUAAGGACCAAUCUCAACGAAUGGGCAGCGAUUGAGGAAAUGGCCGAACAAGAAAACGAGGUGACCGCGAAAAUUCGUGACGCCUGUAAUGCCAGGGAUAUGCUUCGUGAUGCGUUGCUCGAAAGUAAAAAAAGAGCUGAAGAUGCGAUGGCAGAGAGGAAAGAGCGCUAUGAAGCAAUUUCUGCUUGUUUCCUGCUGAUUCAUACCUCAGUUUGCAAUGAGGAAAUUACAUUAGAAGAGGGAACCACUGCUUGA